UGUUUUUCGGCCAUCUGCCAGAGGACAUGAGGGAAGCGCAGAGUGUUUCUCAGAGCGGGAGAGCUGACAGAGAAGACAGGAGUACUCUCUGAAUGGCUGACAGGCAAACAUCGAGAGAAGGUAGGAAUGGCUGUGAAGAGGAGCCGGAAGACCAGAACCUGUGGCCCAGACAUGUGGCCCGAAAAUGGAUCCCAAUGUUGUUUAUGGGCACCUGUCUCCUCUACUGUGCCAGGAUGGCCAUGCCAAUCUGUGCAGUGUCAAUGGCGACCUCCUUUCACUGGAGCAAGAUCGACUGCGGGAUAGUUCUGGGAGGAUUUUUCUGGGGUUACUGUUUCACACAGAUCCUGGGGGGACUUGCUAGUGACAAAAUGGGAGGAGAGCGUGUCCUGUUCAUGUCUGCAGCCUCAUGGAGUAUCAUCACGGCUGUGACUCCUCUUCUGGCCAAACUGGGCUCCCACAACCUCGCUUUCAUGACUUUGGCCAGAUUCCUCAUGGGACUUCUCCAGGGUGUAUUUUUCCCGUCCUUGACCAGUCUUUGCUCCCAGCGUGUAGUGGAAGGAGAGAGGGGGUUUUUAAUGAGCACAAUGAACAGUGGAGGCUUGCUUGGGACUUUAUUAGCUGGUGGGAUGGGGUCUCUAAUGCUGGACUGGUUUGGCUGGGAGAGCAUCUUCUACUGUACUGGUGUCCUGUCUGGACUGUGGGCUCUAAUCAUCUGGCUGUGUUUCUUAAAAGGUGACGUUGUCCCCAAGCAGAAGGAAUCAAGUAUUACCUCCCAAUGGAGUUUGUCAAGAACACGCUGGCUGAAUUAUUUUAAGGAGCCAGCCGUCUGGGCCAUGAUAAUUGCUCACAUGUGCAUUUCCAGCUCAGGAUAUACUUUACUGUCAUGGUUGCCAACAUACUUCAAAGAAUCAUUUCCUCAUGCCAAGGGAUGGGUGUAUAAUGUAAUCCCGUGGCUUGUUGCAAUCCCAUCAUCAUUCUGUGGGGGAUAUUUAUCAGAUUUUUUCAUCAAGGAAGGAUAUGGCGUAGCAACUGUGAGAAAGAUAAUGCAGUCCUUUGCCAUGGGCUUAUCCAGUAUGUUUAUUGUGCUUCUUUCUGGAGCUGUAUCAUUUCCCUCGGCUGUGGUUUUCGUCUCUGCUGCUAUGGGGUUAACCACCUUCAACUGCGGAGGUGUGGCUGUGAACGUGCAGGAUCUCACGCCAUCAUGUGCUGGUGCUAUCUAUGGUUUUAUGAAUAUGAUGGGUGCUUUUGGAGGGCUGCUGAUGGUCUCUUUGUCAGGUUACCUGAUUGAGGUCACUUUGUCGUGGACCUGGAUGUUCUCCUUCAUCACUCUGGUGAACGCCACAGGCCUCGUGAUCUACCUCAUCUUCGGAGAAGCUCGUCGUGUCGACCUGGAAGAUCACAGCAAGCUGAUAGUGAUUUGACUCUGAGAUUCAGUUUCAAACACCAGAAUGAGAGAUCACAAUCUUUUUGGGGUCAGAAAAGGACGCAGCAAAGAUAUUGUGUUCACUGCCAGUCACUCUGAUUACACUAUGUGUUACAUGGUUUGUACAUAUAUUUAUAAAUGAAGAAAUAUUUCGAGAAAGAAAAUCCUAAAAAUGUUUACAUUAAUUGAUACUACCUGCGUUGAAUACGCCCUGCUGGUGACUUUUUGGAACAUGUCAAAAAAGAAAUUACAGGGUCGCUGAUGGCGCAGUGGUUAGUGCGCGCGUCCCAUAUAUGGAGGCUGAAGUCCUGCAGGCGGGCAGCCCAGGUUCGAAUCCAACCUGUUGCUCCUUUCCCGCAUGUCAUUCCCCACUCUCUCUCCCUGAUUUACAACCCUAUCCACUGUCCUGUCUCUGCAAUAAAGGCAUGAAAAAGCCUUUAAAAUAUAUAUAUAUUACAACUAGUCGGGCACGUUGAGACAGAACAUUUAAAAUCUGUCAGCGUAGUUUAGCAGACUUUACUCACUUUAGCCUCGAGUCAGUUUCAACCAGUAAAAAGCAUAAAAAGGCAGCUUUAUUUUGUCUAAAAAAGGCAACAAAUGAAAAGAACAAAGAACAUAGUGUGUUAUAGUUGUUAGUGUGUCCAUCUCUCAGUAUUUUUCUGAGUUCCCUUUAAUAUAUGUGGUUCUUGUUAUCCAUCCCUACGGGUCCUGAAAUAAUACUUUCUUUCUUUUUGUAUUUUUUUGUAUUGCAAGUUUAACUGAAACAGGAGUAAAUUGUUUUUAUUGGGUAAUGUUUUCCCUUCCAGACUUCAUGCUCUCGUGAGUAUUUAAUAUGCACCAGAAGCUGACUAAGACAACUUUGUGAAACAGUGUGACACAGGGGUGUGUCUUCUGGUUAGUUGUACACUGAUCAGCUGUAUCUGUAAAGAUUUGUGUUUUAUUUGCUAUCGACCAACGUGUUCAAAUCAGAGUGUCCUGACGAACAGUUUACUUAAACUGACAGGUCACUUGUCUUAUAAAUAAUUGAAUUAUUAAAACAGCUCAGGUUGAUGCACUUUAAAGUACAUUAUGAACACAUAUUUAUUUAGUUACGCACAACUUUUAAGGAAGGUGUUGUUGGUGUUGAAUAAUUGAGCUUCAGUGUUUAUUGAGAGUCUCACUUUUGUACAUGUACGAGUGUUUGUGAUGAAUCUAAAGGAUCAUGAAAAACCUGCUUUUCCUUCUA